AGGCCCUAGUACAAGAUGAUUCCAAUAUAUGCCAUGGGAGGAGAUAAGACAUGUCCAUUUCAACUGUCAAAUUUGAUAUUUCCAACUUGUGUGUGUACUUAAAAACAGAGCUGAGGAUAAAGACAAAAACCUCUCAGACCUCAGUCUUCCUGCUGCUGCUGCUGCACCAUUUCAGCAGAGAGGCCCUCACUCACCUCAUCUCUGACCAAAUUCCAAAGCUCACAUCCUUUAUUUCAAAAUCAACCCAUCUUCAUGUUUUUCUCCCUCUUUUUAAUGGUGUCAAAAUCUUGAAAAGCUUUUGUAGUCCAAAGUUUUCGUUUUUUUUUUGGUUAUGUUGGUAGAAAGUUAGCAAUUUUAGCAGUUCUUGGUUUGAGGGGUUUUGAAAAAAACUCUGUAUUCCCAAGUUCUUGUUUUUCUUUUCUUAUGUAGGUAAAAAGUUUGCAUUUUUAGCAGUUCUUGAUUUGUGGGGUUUUGAAUAAACUUUGUAUUCUCAAGUUUUUGUUUGUUUUUUUUCUUAUGUUGGUAAAAAGUUUGCAUUUUUAACAGUUUUUGGUUUGUGGGGUUUUGAAAAAACUUUGUAUUCCAAAGUCCUUGUUUUUUUUUUCUUAUGCUGGUACAAAGUUUGCAUUUUUAACAGUUUUUAGUUUGUGGGUGGUUUUGGAUAAACUCUGUAUUCUCAAGUUCUUGUUGUUUUUUUCUUAUGUUUGUGAAAACUUUGCAUUUUUAGCAGUUCUUGAUUUGUGGGGUUUUGAAAAAAAAAAUGGCAGACGAAGAGGGUUGGGGUUGGCCACCAUCACCAACUGGUUCACCAAUGUACUUAACAAAAGAUGAUCAUUGGACUCAUUUUGAUAACUCUGUUAAUGCUGUUUCUUUUGGUUUUGUUGCCACUGCUAUUCUCAUAUCUAUGUUCCUUAUCAUGGCUAUCUUUGAGAGGUUCCUCAGACCACCUUCUCCGCCGGAAUUGACUCCCUCCGUUGGUCACCGCCGGCAUGCAGACAUUGAGUCUCAGUUAGGGUUCAACCACAAACUUGGCUAUCCUACACCCAAAGUAUCUACCAAUGCCAGAGAAGUUUCAGUCUUGAUGCCAGGAAAUGACAUUCCAACUUUUAUUGCUCACCCUGCUCCUGUACCUUGUCAACCGGAACGCAAUCCAUGGCCUUCCCAUCAGCAGAAUCCUAUACCCAGUGUCAUAAAUUCCAACUCAAACGUGUCAUCCUAGCUCUUCUUAACUUGAUGAUGCAUAAAUCGGAAAAUGCCAGUUUUAUGGAAUUAUGAACGGUAACCUGAGCAUAUAUUUUGAGUUUCCCAGUUGGGAUUUUGGGUUAUGUACAUAGAAUUUUCUCAGCUGGUUUGCUCUUUUUUGUACCCAAAGCUUCAGUAAAGAAAUAGCUAAAGAGGUUUUAGCUUGUCUAUGUU